UUUUUUUUCAGAAAAACAUGAACGAUUAUCGUGCUAUUAUUGGUAUCAAUCUCGGAACAACUCAUUCGAGCUUUGCAUACUCAUUUAUGAACCCGAGUAACAUUUGUAUCCACAAAGAGUGGAGAGAUGGUAUUGGAUAUAAAAUUCCAACAGUAUUAUACUAUGAUGAUGAGUAUAGGAAUGUUACUAUUGGAAGGAAUGGGCAUGAUAGAAACCCCGUUGAAUUAUUUAAAUUGCUUUUAGGAAAAAUGGAAAAUGAACCUCCCCUGCAACAUGGAAAAGCAAUUAUUGAUUAUUUUCGCGAAUUUGGUAAAAUUGUAAAACGAACUAUACAGCAUGUUGAUUUUGAUCAAGCUUUAAUUGUUUUAACGGUUCCCGAUAAUAAUACGAUGUUGACUCGAUCUUUUUUCACUAUGAGAGAAUACGCUUUUAAAGCAGGGUUGCUGAGAUAUCCGCUCAGUCAAAAUUUUAGGCUUACAACAGAAUCCAAGGCUAUUGCACUUUAUUGUAUGAAAUACUUGAGAGAGCAUAAUUUAUCUGUUGGUGAAAAAUUUAUAGUAGUUGACUGUGGAGAUAACACAGUAUAUUUAUCAACAAUGCUGCUUUGGAACAAUGAAAAAUUAUGUUUAAUAUCAGAAAGAAUUGAAAUUGAUUGUGGUGGUGAUUUGGCAGAUCAAGAAUUUCUUAAAUUCAUAGAACGUAAAAUUGGUUCUUCUAGAAUGAAUCUUAUUAGUGAAAACAAACUUCAAGAGAUAAAAAAUAUUUUUGGAUCUAUCAAAUUAAGUUUUACUGGAAUUCAAUCAGAAUUCGUUACAAUCAACUUUGAUUCAGGGUUUGCUUUGAGACAAUUAUUUUACCGUAAUGAUAAUAAUAAUAGAUGGAAUUUUAAGUUAGAAUUUGAAGAUGUUAAAGCGAUAAUUGAUCCCAUUGUAGAAAGGAUUGUACAAUUAGUUGACUCUCAAUUACGUUUAUGUGAUAAUUGUUUUGCAAUAUCAUUGGUUGGUGAUUUUGGAAGAUCAAAAUAUUUACAAUUAAGAAUUGAAGAAAAAUUUAGUACAAGAGUACUUGUUUCUAGACCACCUAAUUCUUGUACUGCAAUAUUGAGAGGAGCUGUUCUGCAGGGCUUGAAUUAUGCUAAUCCGGAUCAGGCUUACAUAAUAAAGCUUGAAGAAGAAAAUAAAAAGGCUCAAGAAUUUAAUAAUUUGUUACAUGAGAAGUAUGAUGGUUUACAAGAAAAGUAUGAUAAUUUACAAGAAAUUGAGAUAAAAUAUGUAAAUCAAAUUAGAAUAAAUCAACAAUAUAAAAAUGACAUCAUUUUGAAAGAUCAAAGCGAAAAACAAAGACAAAAUAAUUACAGAUUAUUAUAUGAUGAUUUACAAAAAAAUUAUGAUGAUUUAACAAAAAAAUAUAACGAAGAGAUCAAUCAGAAUCAAAUAAUUGAUGAAAAGUUUAAAAAUGAUAUCAAUGUAAUUGAAGAAAAAUAUUAAAAUCAAAUUAAUGAUAUAAGUCGACAAUAUCAAAACAAUAUCGAGUUGCAAGAACAAAGAAUUAAUCAAUUACAACAAUUUUUAGAAUUGAAAGAAAAUAAAUUGCAAAAUUUGGAAAAAGAAAAGGAAGAAUUAAAUGCUGAAAAUGAUAAUCUGCAUCAAAAAAAUACCAAUUUAGCGAACCAAUUAGAAAAUAUUCUUCAACAAAAUACUAUCUUAAAAGACGAUGUAUCAAAUAUAGUAUCAAAUGAAAAUAUUGAUCAAAAUUAUAUUAUUAGUUUAAAUAAUGAUAUUUCAGAACUAAAUGAUAAUCUAAAAAAAUACGUAACAGAUUUGAAUCAGGAUGUUAUCGUUAAUAUGGAAGAAAUUAAAAAGCUUUUAUUGCUUUAUAAAUGUCCAAUUAAAAUUACAAAUCAAAAAGAUGAUCAAUUACUUAUUCAAGCAGUUUUACAA